AUGCACCACCAACUAGGAUGGCUGGGUCACAUUAUAAGGAUGCCAGCCAAUCGCCUGCCCCGCAAGAUACUAUAUGGCCAACUCCACCUAGGCCAACGCUCCGCAGGAGGACCGAAGAAAAGACUGAAGGACAAACUCAAGAUCACCCCAAAGAAGUGUGGAAUCAAACCCCCUUCCCUUGAGGAUGCCGCAGCAGAUCGCCCCUCCUGGCGUGGACUCAGCCAAAAAGGAGUCCAACUCGCUGAGGAGGAGAGAAGGAAACAGUGCCUAGCAAAGAGUCAGAGGCGGAAGCUGGCCCAGUCUGCACCUGCCACAUCGGGCCCGGCCUACACAUGCCCUGACUGUGGCAGACGGUGUAAAUCACGCAUUGGAUUGUACAGUCAUCAAAGGACUCACAAACAGUAA